AUGAAUACAUUCGACUCAGCGGCGCCGCCUCCGACAGGUUCCAGCAACUCUGGAGGAGCAAACAACAACCACUCGUCGUCUCGCUCGCCCACAGAUUCAGCCCUGUCAUCGUCCCUCGGUAGUACCCGGUCCCACUCAAGCUCCUCGUCCCGAAACUAUGCCCGUCACCAGAACCCAACUCAGACCUCGUACCAAUCCACCGAGUUCACCCCAAUCAACUCAGCCAGCCCCGCGGGGCGCAACUAUCAGUCCACAGAACAAGCAGCCGCCUCCCAGCCCCAAGACCUCGGCCCAAACAACGCGAACUCUGCCAAUGGCAACAAAUCAGCCAACAAGGACUCGACCCCCGAGCCCCAUCACUCCUGGUAUAGUCAAUUCGCGGAUCGAUACGGCAGCCUCGAGCUAGAGAACAAAGGCAGUGUGGCCCGCGAUCACCUCGCAUUAGAACGAACCUUCCUAGCCUGGAUGCGCACUUCUUUGGCCUUCGCCUCAAUCGGCAUCGCAGUAACGCAACUCUUCCGUCUGAACAGCGCCUCCCCAACCGCACACGCCGACUUCCUCGGCUCAGCAUCCGGCUCACACCCGGGAAUCCUCCCACCAGACCUCGCCUCGGCUGCUUACGAUUCAGCCGCGUUCCACACAUCCUCUGCAUCUGCCCGUCUUCGUAGUGUGGGUAAACCCCUCGGCUCGACUUUCAUCGGAGUCUCGAUUGUUAUCCUUGGAGUUGGAUUCCACCGCUACUUCCAGAGUCAGUAUUGGAUUAUUCGGGGGAAGUUCCCGGCUAGUCGGGGUAGUGUGGCACUUACCGGGUUUCUGGCUGCUGCGCUGAUUGUUGCUACUUUUGCAGUUAUCUUAGCUGUUUCUCCGGGGGCUGUUGAGAAUUAA